UAAUUAAUAUUAAUGGCUACACCACAAUCUUUGACACCAGCUCCAUUGUAAUCUUUGGGCGAUUUCAGUGUUAAGAAAUUAGUUGAAGAUGAUUUCUCAACAGGAAAAGCAACUUUGAAAGUCAAAGCUUAAGCAAAUGGUGGAGGCAUUGCAAACUAUAAAGGAAUCUUAGAUAUUAAUAGUUCAUUAGCUCCAGGUUAAGAAACUAAAUUUUAAAUGCCAUACAACAAUUAAUAUUUUUGGUUUGCCACAAGAAGAGAAUAAACCAAAGUUCAUGUUGAUUUCGGCAAAUUUAAUAUCAUAAAAAAAUAAAAUAUAUUUGCUAAUGUAUAAUUCUAUAAUAGUUCAUCAAAAUCAACCAUUAGAUUAGGAUCAGUUUAUGAAGGAUAAAAAUGCUUAUGUCAUACAAGUAUUAUUAUUUAUAAACCAAAUUAGGACUUGAAUGGUUAAACUAAGAUAAAGUCAAUUUAUUACUUAGAUCAUAAGGUAGAAAUAAUAAUUGGCUCUAUGUUAUUGCUUCAAAAGCAUGCUUAUCAAAAUAAUAAUUUGAUAAGUUGGACUUUUUGAUUGGAUAUUAAACAUAAAAUUAUGAUGUUUUCUUCAGACAUAUUACGAAUGAAACUCAUCCAUCUUUUCCAAUUAUAAGCAAUUUUGGAAUUGGUAGACUUUAUGUUGAUGCUGUUUAUAGAAAGAAUUCUAAUUAAUAUGGAUUUUAAUUAGAGACUAAACCAUUCGAAGUCACAGGAUUUCAUUUAGCUGCUUCAACUAAAGUUUAAGGAGCUGAUGUUAAAGCAAGAUUAAAUGUAUUUAAAAGAACUGUUGGUCUAUCUGCUAAAGGAAAAUUUAAUAAUACGUAUAUUUUAUAUAUUAUAUAUAUUAGAUUUGCAUGGACAUUAGCAACUGAACUCCCAGUUAAUGGAACUAGCCCAUCAAAAUGCGGAUGUCUUCCAGUUCCUAUUGGAUUAACUUUGGAAACAACAAUAUGAGGUUAAUCAUAAAUAAAUAUUAUUC